AUGGGCAUCUUUACAGUCGUUGACGAUUCCGUCCACCAAGCCCCGGCGGCAGUUUACAACUGGCGGGUGGUUGCCCUCGCAGUAUCUGCCAGUAUGGGAUCAAGCAUGUUUGGAUAUGACUCCGCCUUCAUCGGCGGAGCGAUGUCCCUCCCUUCAUUCCAAAACCGCUUCGGUCUUGCAUCAGCAACCGGCGAUGAGCUGAACAACCUCAAAGCAAAUAUCGUCAGCACUUUUCAGGCCGGCUGCUUCUUCGGCGCCAUUGCCUGUUACUUCUUGUCGGAGAUGCUGGGGCGUCGGGUUCCUCUCCUGAUAUGCGGAGCCGUUUUCAACAGUGGUGUCAUUAUGCAGAUGGCCUCGAGCGGCGAGAUUGGCUUGAUCUAUGCCGGUCGGGCACUUACAGGCCUCGCUGUUGGUGCCUCGUCCCUCAUCAUCCCUCAGUACAUCUCGGAAUGCUCCCCCCCUGCCAUCCGCGGUCGCCUCAUCGGCAUCUUCGAAAUCUUCCUCCAGUUCUCUCUGGUCAUCGGCUUCUGGGUCAACUAUGGAGUCAACGAGAACGUCUCCCCAACCCUGGACAGGCAAUGGCAUAUACCCUUUGCGAUCCAAUUCGUACCAGGCACGCUCCUUAUCAUUGCCAUGUUCUUCCAGCCCGAGUCGCCCCGGUGGCUGCUGCAGGCUGGCCGGGACGAGGAGGCCAUCAAGAACCUGAUCCGGAUCCGGAAUCUACCUGCGGAUGACGCCUAUCUGCUGUGGGAGGUUGAGACUUGCAAGGAGCAGCUGCAGUUGGAGUAUGACUCGGGCGCUCACGAGUCCUUCAUGAAGAAGCUGAAGGCGGUUUUCGCACCUGGCAUCCGGAACCGCCUGGCCAUCGGCAUGUCGCUCAUGAUGCUGCAGAACCUCUCGGGCAUCAAUGCCCUCAACUACUACUCGCCCACCAUCUUCAAGUCCAUCGGCUUCAGCGGGACCAGCGUCGGGCUCCUCGCCACCGGGGUCUUCGGCCUCGUCAAGGCCUUCGCGACGCUGGGAUUCAUGGUCUUCGGCAUCGACAAGCUCGGACGCCGCAAGUCGCUCAUGAUCGGCUCGGUCGGGGCCAUCAUCGCCAUGUUCUACCUCGCGGCCUUCGGCAAGGUGUCGGGCUCCUUCGACGGCAGUGCAAAGAAGGACGGCGGAGCCUACGUCGCGAUCCUCAUGAUCUACCUCUUCGCCAUCUUCUACGCCAUGUCGUGGAACGGCAUCCCCUGGAUCUUCUGCGCUGAAGUCUACCCGUCGGCCACGCGGUCCGUCUGCCUCGUGUUUACGACCUGCACCCAGUGGCUCGGCCAGUUCAUCAUUGUCUACUCGACCCCGUACAUGAUGAGCGAUAUCAAAUGGGGCACCUUCAUCUUCUUUGGUGCGUCGCUGGCCGUGGGUAUCACGGUCGCGAUCCUGUUCAUGCCCGAGACGAAAGGCUUGUCGCUCGAGGAGAUGGACGUCAUGUUCAACAUAUCAGGCCUCGCUCCCCGGAAGAGAGCCAAGGCGGACGAGAUCAUCAGGGAGAGACGCCUCGCGGAGGGAGUGGAUAGGGACGAGCGUCCCGGUGACAAAGAGAUAAUCGAGAUAGUUGAAGAGAAGACGGUGUAG